GUAACUGCGCAUGCGUGGAAAUCCGUAGCAACAUCUCUGACGAGCUGAAAUCCUGUCAACAUGUCUGAAAUUGAAGAAACGUUGAAGAGAAUCCAGUCGCACAAAGGUGUGAUCGGCAUUAUCGUAGUCAACGCAGAAGGUAUUCCAAUACGAACAACAUUAGACAAUUCAACGACAGUUCAGUAUGCUGGAUUGAUACAUCAGUUGGCAGCAAAAGCACGUAGCACUGUUCGAGACAUUGACCCACAAAACGACUUGACAUUCCUUAGAAUUCGAUCAAAGAAACAUGAAAUCAUGGUUGCACCAGAUAAGGAAUACCUCUUGAUUGUUAUUCAGAACCCAAGAGAAUAAAUGGCUGCCAACGUUUACUGAAGAUAUUUUCACCCCGUCUUCUUGUGCAACAUCAGGGCUUGAACUUCACACAAGUUAUUAAAGGCAAUAGCCUAUAUUAUUCCUGUAUGCUAAGGCAAAUUUAUAAAUUUUGGCUUUGAACUCUGAAGUUCAAGCCCUGCAACAUAAUGCUCAAUUCUUUUACAAAUUAAUAAAUUUCUUCUCCAAGAUGUAGUUUAUGUAGACCGUAUAAAAUUAAUAAAAUUGCAGUUUAAAUUGAAUAUUACAAACUGAAUGGCCAAUUUCUCAUCAGGUUUGGGAUAUUUUCAUCUUAUUUUUUCAUGUAUUUAUAUUUUGGCAUACCCAAUAUGAUAAGCAUGUAAUGUACAAUUUGAUUCAAUCUGAGUGCUGUCAUGGAAUAAAAUAAUUGUUUUUUCUUCACAGGAAA